AUCAUUUGAGGGUUGGAUAUUCUAUGAAUGUAAAUUGAUCAUCGCCAUUGGGGUACCAGCACAAAUCCCAGCGAUUCUUGUUUUCUGUUUACCCACGCUGCAGCUGAUUUGUGUCCACCAUUCCCGGGACUUCAUUGAUAAGUGGCCCGUCGCCCAUUCAUAUAAACGGGGUCUCGUGAGCAUCGCACUGCGCAGUCUUCACCCAGAAGUCGAGACCUUUACUGACCGUGAGGAAAGUGCUGAUUUUUCGAGGCGAGAUCUCCGUCCAAGAUGAAGGCAUUUUGGUGUCUCUUUGCUCUAGAGAUUUUUCUUCAUAUACACGAUGGACAAGCACAGUGCCCACCAGGCUUUGAUCCAUUCUUUGUGGGUGAAACGUCGCCGGAUGCAUGCUUAAGGUUUGCAAUGGAUGUGAAGAGAGAAUGGCACGAGGCCAAGAGUUACUGCGAGUCAUUAUUACCUGGUGGUUACCUGGCUAUAUUAGAUGAAGAAAAUCUACACUGGUCAGUCAUUAGUUACAUUCUCAGCCAUCCAGAAAUGUUAAACGAAGGAUUCCACAUUGGUUGCACUGACGAGGUUAACGAAGGCGUGUAAGUACAGUUCAUGACUGUUGUGGUCGAUUUCGGAUUUGUGGUUAAGUUUUGUUUUACCCUACGGCAGUAACGUUUAAGUGUUGCCGAGAGACAGACUAUUAACUAUGUAAAUGGAAAUCUUAAUCCAAAAACACAACUUGCGUGUCGAUAAAACAUUUACUUUUGGGGCGUGAGUUAUAAAAUCCAGAUAUUUUGCUCUUAAAAGUUCUGUAGAUCUGAAAGAUAAUGAAUCCUUUGAACUUUUGGUAUUCUUUCCUGAAUUCUUUUAAUUUCUUCGACACAAAAAAACGGAGUUGAUCUUGAGAAUUUCCGUGCGCGAUCUGUCGACUUAGAUAUGUAGGAAUCUAUGAUACAGAGGCCAACUCGCUUGGAAUCUCAUAGAAAGGGGAAACUUUGAAUGGCUGAAUUCACCUUUUUCUAACGAUCUUGAAUGUUAUGAUAGUUUUACGAAAAUACUUUAUUUGAAAGCAGCCUUUACAUACUGUAGUCGUAUAAUGCUAUCAUUCGCUUUAAGGCUUCUAUGUUCAUUAUAAUUAUGUAAAUGCUAAACAAAAUACCGGAGAGGAAAUUAAAUGCCUUCUUAUGUAAUGAUUGCUGAGGAAAAAUCUUCCUUUACUCUUUUCAGAUGGAUUUGGACGGAUGGAAUACCAGUAAAUAUGUUUUCUUGUCACUGGUAUCCAGGCCAACCUGACGGAGGAAACCAGGAGAACUAUGGCUGUCUUUACUACGAUGAUUUUAUGUAUAAUUCUUGCGUCAACGGGGAGAGACUCUAUGCAAUAUGUAUGUUUUAACAUGCUUUGCUAAACAAAGCAGUGGCCAGAAUGGGAUAAAACGUAUUGUGGAUUACCCUAACAUGCCCUUAGAGCAAAUCUUUAACCUACUAUAGGCUUACUUCCAACGUAAGAAAAUUAUGGGGGAUAAUAAGUCGUGUUACUGAAAAUGGACUUGAUAAAAAAGAAACAGUGAUGAGGGUGGAAACAUAAUACUUUAGUAGGAAGAAAAUUUUUUUUCCUUAAAUAUCGAUCAGGAUGUGUUUUAUGUAUAUUUUUUUUAAAUUUGAUGGUCUGGAGCCUAACUAAACAUAAAAAGAUGAGUGAAAAUUCAAAUAUAGUCAACGGGGGAAAAAAUUCAAGUGAAAGGAACAUUAGUGGCUGUUUUCCAAGAGAACCAAAUAUGUAUAUUUUCCAUUUUGUCCUUCGAUUCACACAUGAUCGCUGGUGCAAGUAAAUAAAUGAAAGUGAUUAAUCCGUUAGAAUGAUUAA